UCAGUGUUGAAGAUCCAUUGACCCCAAAGAAAUGGCCUCAGACUCGCGGCCAUUUCUUCCGCUCAUGCCGAAGACUCCUUUGGUGCGAUGAGCUUCGUGUGCACUGACACCUCGAGAGAAGAGGUGGAGGAAAGCGAUGAAAGUGACUCCGACGAGGAGGAAGGUUGCCUGUUGCUUCCUGAAGAUGUCUCGUCGGAUCUGGAGUUCUUGUUGGCGCUGAUUCGGCAGUGUACCUUUGUGAGUCUGGUGCAAUUUGCCAACAUGCCGCUUCUUUAUUUGCUGGCUCAAUUGGGCUACACACACUGCGCUUAUCUCGUAGUUGUGCUCGGGAUGUUGGGCUCUGGAGCAUACCAAUUCUGGCUUAGGGACCAGAUCCUGAUUUGGCUGCAGAAGCACAAGUACUGGCAGAUGCACGUGGCGAGCGUGCAGCAGCUGCUGCAGCCCAGCUGCAUCCCAUGUUUGUCCGUGAGCAGCAUGGCCUUUCUGCGUGGAAUCUACGAAGCCAUCGAUCCUCCCAUGGAUGCUUUGACCGCCGGAAACUCCCAGCAGAUGUAUUCUGCCAAAGUGGAGGACAGCAGACUUCCUGUGGAAACAUCCGGCGUCGGGUUGACAGAUUCAGACGAGAAAACCCCAAAAACGAUGCGGAACGAAUUGGACAACGUAACUAGCCAAAGCCACUGUAACCACAAACCCACGCGCUAUGUGCAAAACACAAACACACACACACACACGCACACGCAGGAAGCAUUUGAAGCUUCCUGGCGGGGGGCGCCGGUGGUGGGUCAAAUCAUCCCAUCUUUGGGACUUCCUGGAGUGCUCACCUUGAUCCUUUGCGUGGCCAGCUUUUGCCAAGUCUACAAGCUUCUCGGCCCCAUCGCUCGCCCGAAACGGCGGAUGGAGGCGUUCGGACCGCGCGCGCAGCGACGGAGGCUUUGGUCUGAGAGCCGUCGACUGAGACUGCGGAUUGACACCUGGGACCCGUCCGACGGCCAUGAGCCAAAACGUCGCUGGCAGAUUUGGAUUCGCAUGUCGCAUCUCACCGAUGUGGGCGGUUUGAUGCUGCUCCACCAUCUGUUCAAGGAGUUGGUCUUGAUCGAAGUGGAAAGCUCACCCGACAUUUGGCCCAUCGCCGAUCGCAACGCGUCCUUCGAGGUGAAGAUCUUCGCGGAGUCGGUGCCAUCGUUGUGGUUUCAAAUUUCUCUCUUUUGCUUGACCUUCUCUGACGCCUCUUUCAAUAACUGGCUGCUCACUUUGAUUUCUAUUUGCACAGGUACCAUGACGAUUCUACAUUUUCUGUACUUGCAGACUCGCGUGAUGCUUCAACUCCAUCGUAUUGGUGAGCUUUGGCAGAUCAAGGAGACCGCUUUGAUCAUUGCUUAUGUGGCCACCUUGACUUCUUGGGUGAUGUGCAUGGUAAGGCUGCCAGGCGCAUGGAUUUGUCCGAGCCAUAUUCUGAAUGAGUCUGGUUGUGUCAACUGAAGCAACAAAAGGUUGCGCAGUUCUGACGGAGCCACGCGGAAGAAAGACCAAAAAAGCUAUUAGAAACAAGUGCAUCGCUACUAGUAACAAGUGCCUUACUAGUAACAAGAAGCUAUUAGAAACAAGAAGCUAU